AUGUGCACAUACAAUCCUGGUACUAUUGUCAAGGGGAGGUGGACUCCUAUUCCAGGUAGCGAGUACACCGCAACAUUUGUAUCUGUAUUUUGGGCGUUCGCAGCAUCCAUUCAGGAUUUCCAUCACUGCCCUCCUAUUAUAUGUGUGGAUAGGACACACUUGUAUAGUAAGUACAAGGGUAAACUCUUAAUUGCGACGUGCCCGGAUGCAAAUAGGAAAAUAUUUCCCCUUGCAUUUGCUAUUGUUCAAGAGGAAAUUCUUGACACAUGGAAUUGGUUUCUGUGUUGUCUUUGUACUAUUACUGAUAGGGAUGACAUUUGCCUCAAAUCAGAUUGGCAUGCGGGAAUUCUCACUAUAGUGCAGCGUAAUCCCAAUUGGUAA